GCAAUUUUUUUUUUUUUUCACAGUCUGUAACUCACACACAUACACAUAUCUUUUCUUGUUCCCCUUCUUUUUUUUAAUUUCUUUUUUUUUCUACAUAAACGCACGUACAGCUUCUCAAACUGUCAAUUGAGAUUAUCUGUUGAGCUAGAAAGAGGGCUUAUAUAUUUAUAUACAACAGAAGUAACAAUAUUCAAUUCAACUCAGUAAUCCCACUUUUUGCAAUUGCAGUUAUAUAUCCAUCAUUCAUCGAUAACAUUAUCACCAAAUUCAGUAUUGAAAAACCGAAUAAUUCCUACAUAAUUAGUAACAAUGGCUCGUGUUCAUAUGUUCAAAUCCUCUUCGGAUAAGCAGAAGAGUAUCUUAUUACAACAAGAGUUACCUCCCUCUCCAUCACUGCCACUGUCAUCGCUUUCACCACAACCGUCAUUACAGCAAUCGCAAGAAACACAACGGCAACAGCAACAGCAACAGCAACCACACCAGCAACAACAACACCAACAACGGCGAAGGAAAAGUAGUAGCAGUAGCAAUAACAAGAGCAACGUUAGUAUAAAGCAAGAAAAGGCGCCCGCCGUCGCACCGUUACCCAACCUUAGUCAAGAUGCAGCAGCUUUAACGGAAGCCUUUUUACGAAAGACGAAUACUGGCAUGGAUUUGAUGGAAGCUGUAGCAGCUGUAUUAAAUUCAACAUCAAGCACUACUACUGACAACAAUGCUAAUAAUGUAGAUCAUGCUCCAGAACAAUUACUGUUCCAGUUGCAUCAAUCACAACAACAACAACAAGAGCAGCCUACAAUGGAAGAAGAAAGUAAAGAUAAUGUAACAGAUAAAACGAUAGCGACAAAUGAAUUUGAUCAGGCAGCAGCAGCUACGGCUCUUCAGUUACUAGGUUUAGCUCAGCAACAGACAACAUCUGAUAAAAACGUAACAACCAGUAGUACUACUAUACUAGAGUCGUCCAAUAGCAGUGCAUUUGACCAAACUGCAACAUCACUCAUGACAACAAGCUCGCCCAGUCUAGAUACGACAAGUAGCGUUACAUCUUCACCUUUGAUAAAUACUGCGAGUGCAAUGAAUGCCGUUCAUGGUAUGAAUGGUCAAUCUACGCAACAGCCACAGAAAAGAGGAGCAUGGACACGUGAGGAGGACGAACUAUUAUUGGCUGGUAUCAAAAAGUUCGGUUAUGGCCGCUGGAAAGAAAUUGCUGCUAUCAUACCGGGUAGAAAAGGAAAACAAUUGAAGCAAAGAUGGGAUAACACAUUAGCGCCCAAAUACGUAGACCAAGAAUUAUUACAGAGUAAAAUCAAAGAGGGAAAAGACGGAUGCCACCUGGAGGAUAGUAAAAACAGUAGUAAUGGUAGUAAAGGGACAAUAACAUCUACUCCAAUGGUUUCAAAAGCAGCAGCAGCAGGUCCUGCAUCAACAUCGCCGACAUCCGUUGCUGCAUCCAGCACACCGGCUGGAGGGCUAGCGAAUAGUUUCGGCAAUCAACAUCAGAAUUCCAAUAAUACUAGUCAGAAUCCUUUGUCAGAUUUGACUGAUUGGCUGACAAUAGCCUCAAAGAUCACUGAAAAAAUCAAAGAAGGAGAUCAAGUAGCUUUGGAGACAUUGAUAUCUCAAGCGUUAUUGUCUUCAUUACAAUCAGCAACUGCAGCGGCGGCGGCGGCGGCAGCCACAGCUUCUUCUAAUCAAAAUGUACCUUCAGCAUCCGCUGCCCCUAGUUCCUCAACUUCCGCGCAGCAGCCUUCUACUGCUACUUCUGCAACCACCCUUCCUCAUUCCAAUACGGCAGCCAAUACUACUUCUUCUGCUAACAGCCCUAGUAAUCAACAAUCAUCGUUCAUCAAUUAUUCUGACCCAGCUACAUUAUUAUUGUUCCCUCAGUUUCUGCAACAACAACUUCAACAGCAGUUACAACAGCAACAACAAAAACAUCCUUCCUUAUCACCACCGGCGACAAAUAAUGCCAUCAAUACCUCUAAUAAUACUGGAGCGACGGCAUCCGCAGAUGGCGUAGACAAUGCAGCUACUUCAGCAGUUUUACAACAGCACCAAAGCCCUUUUAUGAUACCGCAUAUCCAACCUCAUUCUAAUAACUCUAAUACUACUACUUCGCCAUCCUCGCCCUCCUCUAUUAGCAAUAAUACUGCUGUUACUUCCACUAUCCAACAACAACAACAUGAUACCUCCUCUACUUAUUCACUUUCACCUGUUAACUCUUCUUCAACAAUAACAACAGCUACUAUGGGUAGAAGACGAAAACGAUCCGCCGAUACCGCUGCCUUACUAGCCAAUACCCAAUCUGAUGCCAUGAAUAUAUAUGCUUCUUCGACACCUGUCACUACCAUCAUUAAUAAUCAACCGCAAACAUUUUAUCCUUGUCUAUUUCCUAAUUGCGGUAAAACAUUUGCCCGACUUUAUAACCUAAAGAGUCACUCUAGAACUCACACCGAUGAUCGACCGUUCGUAUGUCAGGUGUGUAAGGUAGCCUUUAGUCGAAAUCAUGAUUUGAAAAGACAUAGCAAAAUUCAUGGAGGAGAUAAACCUUACAAAUGUGGCGGAUGUAAAAAGACAUUUUCCAGGUUGGAUGCACUGAAACGGCAUAAAAGUAAUCAGAGGAACAAAGCCCAGUGUCUCGAUGCACCUCUUAUUCCACAAUAAAAAGUGAGAUAUAGUUUGAGUUAAUUAAUGUAAUAUUUAUUCA